AUGCUCAUACUCACGAUCGGCGACCUGUACGUUCCGGAGCGGGCGAUCGACAUCCCGGCGAAGUUCCGCAAGCUUCUGCAGCCGAGGGGGAAGAUAGAUAAGGUGCUCUGUCUGGGCAACAUCACAAGCUCGAGGAGCACGCUGGAGUUCCUCAAGAACAUCUCGGCAGACUUCCAAAUGGUGCGGGGCGAGUUCGACGACGACCUGUCGCUCCCGCAGUCGCUGGUGUUCACCUACGACAACCUCAAGAUCGGGCUGCUCAACGGGUUCCAGGUCAUCCCGAAGAAUGACCCAUUGAGCUUGUUGAACCACGCGAGGAUGAUGGACGCGGACGUGCUCAUCUACGGCUCGACGCACAAGGUCGAGGCGUACACGCUCGACGGGAAGUUCUUUGUCAACCCCGGUACAGGUACCGGCGCCUACUCGACGGACAGCCUCGACAAGGAGGACCGGAUGAUGAUCAGCAAGCUCGUUGCCGACAAGCAGGGCGCAGGCAGCGCAGGCGGCGACGGCGCCGUCGCCGGUGCUGCUGUCCGUGACGGAGAGUCCAGGGACCCGGCAGAGUCCGAGGGCCCCGCAGAGAGGGCGGACGGCGCCAGCGACGCCCUGCAGCCGCAAGACGCAGACCGGACGCCGCCCAAGACGUCCAGCAACAGUCCCUCCGAUACAGAGAACACCGCCGACGACAGCGGCCCCGCAGAGGCCUCGAAGCCCGCAGUGUCGCCCGACCUCGUCCCGCCCAGUCUCGACGAGCUCCAGCUGCACUCCAUCGACGAGUACAUGGAGCCCUUCCCGAGCUUUUGUCUCCUGGACGUGAAAGACUCCACGUGCACGCUUUACCUAUACACGUUGGUCGACGGCGAGGUGAAAAUCGACAAGCUCGUGUACGCCAAGGAGCAGUGA